AUGUCUCAGAAAACACAAGAGCCCGUCAUCACCAAACUUUCUGACCUCCCGCUCGAUGAGGCAAAGUGGAUAACCCUCAAAAAGAUUGAGUACGUCGACCAAGUCGGAAAGGCACGAACAUGGGAGGUCGCAACACGAAAAACAAGAGGAAAAUCCGGUGUCGAUGCUGUCGCCAUGGGGAAUAUUCUUCUUCACCCAUCAAAGCCGGCUUCCACUCUACUCGUCAUUCAGUACCGACCCCCUCUUGAUGCCUACACAAUCGAGUGGCCCGCUGGACUCGUCGACGCUGAAGAGACCGCCGAAGAAGCGGCUGUUCGAGAAUUCAAGGAGGAGACUGGAUAUGACUGCAAGGUUUUGAGUGUCAGUCCCGCACAGGCUGCUGAUCCCGGAAUGACAAACGCCAACAUGCAGCUAGCAAUGGUGGAGGUUCAAUUGGGCGAGAAUGAUGAAGAGCCAGAGCAACGACUUGAUGAUGGGGAGCACAUCCAGCGGGAGAUUAUUCCUUUGUCUGAGUUGUAUGAGCGUUUGGUUGAGUACUCCAAGAGGGAACGUACAGUCGUUGCGGCCAAACUGUUUCACUUUGCUGCAGGCAUGCAUUUUGCCCAAACUCAGAAGAUCCCGACCCAGUGGAUUCCAGGCCCAGAGUCGCCAAAGCCUGUGAGACGUGUCGGAGAAGGAAACGCAAGACCCAAGAGGAAGCAGAAAGACUCCGAGCUUGUAUCCAACCUUGAGGAUCAAGUCCUUGCCCUUAAAGACUACAUACGGAAGCUUGAGGCUGCAUGCGGCUAUGCCAAUCUUCCGAAUUUCGCGCCAAGCACCCUCGAUGAUGACCUUGGUACUUCGACGGUCCCAGAUGACAGCCAAAGCUCUGCCAUCAAUGAUGUGAGCUCAAUGAUGUGGCGGAUGAACCUUCACGGCAGUGGAGAGACAUCCUUUGUUGGUCCAUCCGGCAGCUUCUGUUUCCCUGUCAGUGGCCACGGCAUCGAGACUCAGUCCGCCACUGCUGAAGCAGAAGAGAGUGUUCAGGUGCUACUCGACCUGUUCCGACAGCACAUCAAUUCCGUCCACCAUUUUGUGUCUCCUCAAGUGAUUGACACCCUCAAAGCGCCAGAGAGUCUUGAUGGUGAGCUGUUGCAGACCUCAAUCCUAGCAGCCGCGAGUCUUUUCGCCGAUUCACAGGGACAGACAUAUGCAGACCGAGCUGAGGCUAUCGUGAUGAGGUGCUGCCGUACAAUCCCCAACGUCGUGACAAUACAGGCUCUAGCGAUAUUGACUUGGCGCGAGUUGGCACUGGAGAACGAGAACAAUGCAUGGCUGUAUAACUCUAUGGCGGCGAGUCUUAUCGUUCACCUCGGGCUGCACGUGAGCUCUUUCGAGAAUGUCAUGCAGAUACCGGUCGGGACGCCUUCGGACAUUGACAAGAGCGUACGUGUCCAGACGUUUUGGUCGGUCUUUUUGAUGGACAGAAUCUCCACCUCGAUGCUUGGACGCAAUUGCAUGAUUCCCUGGCGGAGAGUCCGAGCGACACCAUACCUCAAAGCAUGCAGCAACCCCACGACAGAGGACACUGUCUUUGAUGCUCACUGCCAGAUGUGGUUCAUUCACGACAGAUACAUGGAUAAAAUAUACUCCUUCGAGUUUGGAGAGCUUGAACAUUUCGAGCGACAUCAACUUCUCUCAGAAGCCAGAGAUCACCAUAUGAACUUCUUCCGCCAGAUGGGCCGCGAUCUUGAACUUCGAAAGAACAACAUGAACCCCAAAGUCAUCCUCCUUCACAUGGUCUACAACAUGUCAUUACUGCUCAUCCAUCGGCCAUAUCUCAGAGAACCAAAAGACAGUCCCGCCCACCAAUUAUCCAUCCGAACAAACAUGACCUCCGCUCACGCCCUCGUCAGAUUGAUCCGCCAAUACGACAAAGAAGCCAAGAUCGAGAACGCCCCGUUCUUUGCGAUACACUGUGUCCUUACAGCUGCUGUGAGCCUGCUUCUGAACGCGACAUCCUCCAACACGACCAUUCGCAGCCAAUCAGUACACCGUUUCCGAGUCUGCGUCGACGCAUUGGACAAGAUGAGGAGGUGGGCACGGGCGAGACGAGGUCUGUUGCUUCUCAGAGAGCUGGCCAACAGAUGGAAAGUUGUUUCCGCGUUGCCCAUGAGGCACAGUGUUCCUCUCGUCCCACCGACACAGGAGACUCCCCAGACCGACGACAGUGGUCUGGAUUGGGGUAUGUUGUUUGCCAAUCUCGAAGAGCCUCUCAAUUUGGAUACCAUUGACCUCUCGACACCUACGGGGGAAUGGGUAUUUCACGAAAGCGACUAG